AUGGAGUUUGCCGCCUUUGCAGAACAGAUCCGGUCCGGCCAUCCGGCCAAGUUCCCCACGAAUGCCAACACUGCCGAGUAUGCUCAGCAACUCGAUGCGCAAGACAAGCUCAGGCAUCUUCGCGAUGAGUUCAUCAUCCCAACCAAAGGCUCUUUGAGGAAGAAGGAGUUGAACGGCACAUUCCCUAACAAGCAGGCCGUGAACGGCCACGUAAACGGCGCCAAUAGUGUUUCCUCGUCGGCUGAUGACGAUACUCCAUCUGUCUACUUUUGCGGAAACUCUCUCGGAGUCCCACCCAAGGCAGUCAAGGAAUAUGUCAAUGCUCAGUUAGAGACAUGGGCUUCGAUAGGCGUCAACGGCCAUUUCAAUGGACUUGGCAAUUCACCUCUGGUCUGCUGGCAGGACAUGGCCGAGGAUGUUGCGAAGAAGAGCGCACCUAUCGUGGGCGGUCUUCCUGAAGAGGUUGUCAUGAUGAACACCUUGACGGCGAACCUGCACUUUCUGCUGGCAAGCUUUUACCGCCCGACAGAGAAGAAGCACAAGAUAAUCCUGGAAUGGAGACCUUUCCCCAGCGACCAUUAUGUUAUUGAGUCUCAAAUCCAGUGGCAUGGUUUGGACCCGGCCAAGUCGAUGGUGCAGAUCCAACCCGACGAGAAUUUCUACAUCUCAACGGAGUUGAUACUGAAGACCAUUGAUGAGCAUGCCGAAGAGACAGCCCUGCUUCUACUUCCUGGAAUCCAAUACUACAGUGGCCAACUUUUCGAUAUUCCCCGCAUUACCGAAUACGCCCAGUCAAAGGGACUCGUGGUCGGUUGGGACUUGGCACAUGCCGCGGGCAACGUCGAGCUGAAGCUCCACGACUGGAACGUCGACUUUGCAGCAUGGUGUACCUACAAGUACCAGAAUGCGGGUCCUGGUGCCAUGGCUGGUGCAUUCGUCCAUGAGAGACAUGGGAAGGUUGACACAAGUGAAGGCAAGCCCAAGUUCCGCCACAGACUGACGGGAUGGUACGGAGGUGAUAAGUCGGUGCGGUUCAACAUGGACAACAACUUUUUGCCCACAGUAGGCGCCGGUGGCUUCCAGGUGUCGAACCCUUCGGCUCUCGACCUUGCCGCGCUCUCUGGCGCCUUGUCUGUGUUCGAGAAGACGUCCAUGUCUGACCUGAGGACAAAGUCUCUUGUUCUUACGGCAUAUGCAGAGCACCUACUUGAUGGCAUUCUCGCGGAUGACACCGGAAGUGAGCCUUCAUUCCGAGUCAUUACGCCACGCAAUGCGCAUGAGAGAGGUGCGCAGCUUAGCGUACUGCUCAAGGACGGGCUGUUGGAUCGUGUAGUCGAUGAAUUUGCGACCGCGGGCGUAGUGUGUGAUAAGAGAAAGCCAGGCGUAAUUCGUGUGGCUCCAGUGCCUCUCUACUGCACAUUCCACGAUGUGUGGAGAUUCAUGGACACACUGAGAAAAGCUAUUGCCUAA